AUGUCAUCCUGCCAUACUCCCCAAAGACAUCUAAAGCAAUUCACCGAGAUCAGCAUGGCAGCCUCAGAUCCCGAAAGACUUGUGACGGAUGACAACUUCCCUCCAGGGACAGUUCGCUUGUUGUCUGGUCCUUCGACCCUCAUCCUUGUGCCAGAGCCCACCACCGACCCCAACGAUCCGCUGGUAUGUCCGAAAAGCUCAUAA